UUUCUAACUCCUCCAGGCUGGAGGAGUUAGUUAGCAAACAGCAAGCGUUAGGCAGGCAUCCUGCUCCUUCUGCAUCAUAACACGUUGCACACAUCUCUUUCUGCAUGGUGGAUAUUAUUUUUCAUUAUCCUUUUCUGGGUGCUAUGGGGGAUCAUUCAAAGAAAAAGCCCGGAAUUGCCAUGUGUGUGGGCUGUGGGAGUCAGAUCCAUGACCAGUACAUCCUGAAGGUCUCCCCGGACCUCGAGUGGCAUGCAGCAUGUCUCAAAUGCGCUGAAUGCAGCCAGUACUUGGAUGAAACCUGCACUUGUUUUGUGAGAGAUGGCAAGACAUACUGUAAAAGGGAUUAUAUCAGGUUAUUCGGCAUAAAGUGUGCGAAGUGCAAGGUGGGAUUCAGCAGCAGUGAUUUGGUGAUGCGAGCCCGGGAAAAUGUGUAUCACAUCGAAUGUUUCCGCUGCUCAGUCUGCAGCCGCCAGCUUCUGCCCGGGGAUGAGUUCUCUCUACGGGACCACGAGCUGCUCUGCCGGGCCGACCACAGCCUGCUGCUGGAUAGGAGCUCGACUGACAGUCCGAGGAGCCCCGGCCAUUUACAGAGCACCAGAGGCCUGCAUCUAUCAGACUCCGUGCCCGGCCGCCAGCCCUCUCUCCGGCCCCAUGUGCACAAACAGACAGAGAAGACCACCCGCGUCCGGACGGUGCUGAACGAGAAGCAGCUGCAUACGCUGCGGACCUGUUACGCGGCCAACCCGCGGCCUGACGCAUUGAUGAAGGAGCAGCUGGUGGAGAUGACCGGCCUGAGCCCCCGAGUGAUCCGAGUCUGGUUCCAGAACAAGCGCUGCAAGGACAAGAAGAAAUCCAUCCUGAUGAAGCAGCUGCAGCAGCAGCAGCACAGCGACAAGACAAGUCUGCAGGGCCUGACCGGGACCCCCCUGGUAGCCGGGAGCCCCAUCCGUCAUGACAGCGCGGUGCAAGGCAGCGCAGUGGAGGUCCAGACCUACCAGCCGCCCUGGAAAGCGCUCAGUGAAUUCGCAUUGCAGAGCGACCUGGACCAACCCGCCUUCCAGCAGCUGGUAUCCUUUUCCGAAUCUGGCUCCUUGGGUAACUCUUCCGGCAGCGAUGUGACCUCGUUAUCUUCCCAGUUACCUGACACCCCCAACAGCAUGGUGCCCAGUCCUGUGGAGACGUGAGACAAGCACGCCCAGCGGAUUUGGACUUUCGCAUGCUCCUGCUCCCUGCAUGAGACAAGCCCCAGCCGCAGGCUGGCCCAGAGCUCCAAACAAAACUUUAAAAAUAUUAUUUAAAAACAAACAAAAAUAUGUCUUGACUGCCAAAAAGCACCAAGAUUCUAGCUGCCUUCACCAAACCGGAGAGAGCCCCCCUUCUUUUCUGUGGAUUUUGUUUCCCUCCCCCAGAGCAAAACUGGAUUUACUAAAACUAGCCCCACAUUCCGUACGGUGUCAUAGUAGUUUCCUUGUGAGGGGGAAAAAGACUGGUUGGAAGCCAGUUAAAUCAUCUCAGCUCGAUGUUGUCUUUUGAGUAGCCCUCUCCAUCCCAGGUCCUGCCCUACUCUGCAUUAUCCAUGACUUGAGAGCCUUGUCCUUUUUUGCGGGGGUGGGGGCCGAGGAAUCCCCCCAAGCCGCAUGGUUGCUGGAAACCAUACAUACAGAAACGAGACUUUUAUUGAAAAUGUUAAUUUAUGGACGGAGGAUAGAUUGCUUGAGCCGUUAAAGAACAAAAGUAAGUUAUUGUUAUUUAUUGUCAGAGCAGCAGUUAAUAGUGGGGUUAAUAUUUUGAUUUUAAUAAAAAUGGCCUAAUUGAA